GUGUGGAGCAGCAGCAUCAGAAAACAAGCUCGCACCUCUGAUCCUCGUGGACCCGAGAUGUGAGAGUGUUUUGUUUAAAUUCAAACAAAUAACGGGAGGGGAAUUCUCGAUCGUCUCUGUGAUAGAGCGAAGCAGGAGGAGGAUGGAUGCUUGCUCAGUGAGAGGAGAGAGCACGGACGCGAUAGUGAUGGAUGAUUCUCCUUCAGAUGAGAGGGGGGAGAUUCAGGAGGCUUCGCAAAGUGACAUACCAGCCGUUUCUCUGUGUCCUCCUGACAGCUUGUGUUCCGCCGAGGCUCCACUGACAGUCAUCCAGUCUGGGGGGGAGCUAUGUGACAGCUGCAGCAGCCUCGGCAGACCAUCUUCCUCCUGCCAGCUAUAUCAAGGUCCUCGCAUAGUCGGCGCCUACGACUCUCCUCAGCACCAGAGCUGCCCCCACUGCAGCCACCACAGGCCGGUCAGACCAAACACGACGGGUCCCCGCGUGGAAGGAGGAGGAGGAGGAGGCGUGGCGGUGAAAAUGGACCACGGCUGCAGCUCCGCCCGUCAGACGUCGUGCCACGGCGCCGUGAGGUGCCACUGGCUGCACGGGUCACACGAGAGCGGCACACAGAAGGCAACGCAGCGGCAUGUGGUGACAGUAAGGGAUGGAGGACUUAACUGCAUCUUGAGAAAUUACUCCCAGAUGAUAGUGGACUACCCAUUAGCGGUGUUGGUGGGUUGUGCCCUGCUGCUGCUGGGAUGCUCCGUGGCAGGACUGUUCAUUGGUCCACUGCCCGACUUCUCUGACCCACUGCUGGGUUUCGAGCCUCGGGGAACAUACAUCGGAGUUCGUCAGUCCAGCUUGUCCAAGCUGCAGGAGAACACAGGCCUGGGCAAAACGCUGUCUCUUCUACCACAGCAGCUCAGUAAAAGUUUUGGGGCCGUCGUCAGCGGCGACAGCAGUGGUGAUGCCACAAGUCGCAUCAAGAGGAUGCUGGCCAGAGACUCGUCCCCCGACACCUUCCUGUGUGAUGAUCCAGGCGAACAUUUGGCGCAGCUCGUGUUCCGCUCGGAGAACUCAGCCAGCCUCUGGAGCCUGAAGGCCAUCCACGCCAUGUGUGAGAUGGAGGAAUCUAGGAUUCGCUCCCAGGCUCAGUUCCAGGAGCUGUGUCAGCAGCAUGUGAGGGUGGAGGCCGAGGGGACGUCCAGAAGCAGCUGCUGUCCGAGCUGGUCUCUGGGGAAUUACUUGGCUGUUCUCGCUAAUGCGUCCUGCUGCCUCAGCCUCACCUCCCACCAGGUCGCCGAGUCUCUGAACCUCCUCAGGAAGUGUGCUUUGUACUAUCACGAGGGACAUCUGACAGACGACUGCGUCAACAGACCUCAACACGGCGCCUGCUCUUCCGUGCCGCCCUGCUGCAAGCAAUCCCGCGUGGUGUUCCAGAUCCUGCACUUCCUGGUCGAUAAAGACUUCCUCGGCCCGCAGACCGUCGAAUACCAAAUCCCGACCCUUAAGUACAGCCUCCUGUUCUUACCUGUGAACAAAGGGGAGCACAUGAUGGCGAUAUACAUGAACAGUUUUGAAGGCAGGGAGCUGACGUACAAUAACACGACGAUUACCGGCAUGGACUUUGGAAUCAAGGAGUCACUGUUCAAGCAUUACCUUGCAAGAGAUUCAGUCUAUCCCAUCUUAGCAGUUGUUUGUCUUCUUUUCACUAUGGCUCUGUAUCUCCACUCUCUUUUCAUAGUGGCAUUAUCUUUGAUAGCAAUCACAGGUUCCCUCCUGACCUCUUAUUUCUUCUACAAAGUCGUAUUUCGCCUCACUUUUUUCCCGCUGGUCAACCUCACUGCAGCACUGAUUCUUGUGGGAAACUGCUCCCAUCAGGUUUUCAUCUUUGCCGAUUUGUGGAUUCUGCAGUUAUCCCAAAAGCCCCCUGCCUCCCUGGAGAAGAGAGUGCACAGAGCUGUGCAGGAAGUGGGCUAUUUGAUUUUAGCAUCCGGGCUGACUUCCAGUGCAGCGUUUUUCUCCGGCUAUCUCAGCAGCAUCACAGCAAUCAGAUGUUUCUCUGUUUAUCUUGGAAGUGCCUCUUUGAUCAGCUCGCUCCUAGCGCUAGUGUGGCUGCCUUGCUCUUUUGUCUUGCGAGAGCACUACACAGAGACGUCCUCGGCCUCCAUGGCAGUGCAGGGAUGGAGGCCAUGCUGCUCCAAAAAUGCAGGCGGCUUCUGGGAAACGAGCUCACGCAAAAGAUGCCUCUUCACACUUGGCCAGAAGUUGAGAGAAUUAAGACGAGGGCUGACUGACACUUCGAAUUUGCUAUUUCUGAAAAUCGCGCCAUGUGGAGUGGUGAAGUUCCGGUACAUCUGGGUGUGCUGGUUCGCAGUGCUCGCUGCUGGGGGGACGUACAUGUCCUGCAUCGACCCAGGCAUGAAGCUUCCCACCUUGGAAAGCAAGGUCGGCCAGCUCUUCCGCUCGAGUCACCCGUUUGAGAGAUACGACGCUGAAUAUCGCCACAUGUUUAAGUUUGAGAGGCAGAGACAUGGUGAGGAUAAGGCUGUGACAUUGACGCUGGUGUGGGGGAUCAAAGCGACGGAUAACGGGGAUCACUUUAACCCUAAAAGCAAUGGGUCUUUAGUGCUUGACCCAUACUUCAACAUGAGCCGACCAGAUGCUCAGAUCUGGUUAAGGGACCUGUGCGGAAGAGUCCAGAACCAGAGCUUUUAUUCCCCUCCUUCAACCGAGGACAGAAAUAUUAUGACAGACAACGUCUGCCUCAUCAAGCAGCUAAUACACUGGGUGUCCGUCAGACGGUGCUCAGAGAGUGAUGGCGCCCUUCACUUCUGUUGUAAUGACAUCCCUUUCCCCUACCCGCCCAGCGUUUUUGAGAACUGCCUCAGUAUGAUGCUGGCAGAGAAGCAUGCCGAGGGCCAUCUGGCCCACAGUGGAGGCCUGUAUUUCCAGCCAGAUGGCAGGAUAGCUGCCCUCGUGUUGGCAUUCAAAACCACAUACCUCUACAGCUUCAACUAUAGCAGAACCAGUGUUUUGUACAAAGAAAUCCUGACAUGGUUUAACUUAGAAAAAUCGGGCGCACCUCAAGGGCUGGAGAACGUCUGGUUCAUCAGUCAGCUGUCUCUUUUUGAUCUACAGCAGUCUUUAAGUUCAGAGACUCUGGUAGUAGCUGGCUUCUCGGUAGCGGUCACGUUUGCUUUGCUUCUUCUUACCACCUGGAAUAUCCCUCUGAGUAUUUAUGGAACUGUCGCUGUCGGAGGCAGCGUGUUUGUCACAGUUGGCCUCCUGGUUCUUCUUGAAUGGCAGCUGAGCGGCAUGGAGGCUCUGUUUAUAUCAUCAGCCGCGGGACUGUCUGUUGACUUUGUUGCCGACUAUUGCAUAUCAUACAGCUUGGCUCCUCAUUCAGACAAAAUUGGAAAAGUAGCACACUCCACUAAACGGAUGGGGCGUCCAAUAGCGAUCAUUUCGGGAGCAUUUUUUUCCAUGGGGAUCAUCAUGUUGCCUGCAACAGCAUUACUAUUCAGAAAAAUGGGGAUUUUCCUGUUUCUGGUGAAGUGUGUAGCCUGUGGUUUUUCGACCUUCUUUUUUCAGUCCCUGUGUUGCUUUUUUGGCCCGCAAAAAAACUGUGGCACGAUUGCGCUGCCGUGUUUCUCAGAGGAGACUGACGGUGUGCUGUCUUCAUGCUCGGCAGCAGAACCUGGCUCCUCCCCAGCAGCGAACGGGGCUUUUGGCCGAUCUAGAGUGAGGAGGAGUUAUGACAAGGAGUCGGGCGGCUAUCUCUACCCCGACCACCAACGUCAGCAAAGACUGAAGCAAACCAGAGGACGAGGCGGUGACAGGGGACCGGAGCAGUAUGAGCUGCAGCCACUGGCUUACCGGCUCAGCGACAGCUUCGAGAACAGCACCUGCACCAGUAAACUGUCCAACCGGCCGUCGGUGCUCUCUGACGAGAUUGAAUAUUGCGGGAAAGAUACUGGUGCAAACAGCAUGGAUGGCGAGAAUGACGAGAUGUGCAGCCGCCAACAUAAGAUCUGCCAAUCGCCACCAGCCCUACAGACCUCGUCUCCUUACAGAGAAAACACCCUACGGCCUGGAGGACUGGGACAGGAGGACCUUGCUAAGGACAAGCUGCUGUGUAAGACAUGCAGAGUUCAGUCUGGGGUGACAGACUGGGGCAAUACUUCAUUCUCCUCAUCUUCUAGCAUGCAGGACACAAUAAUCAGCAACACAUUGGAGACAACUGAGCAGCCAUCUCUCUGUCAAGAGGAACAAACCUUUGAGGAGUGCCUUCACCACCACUCUAAGAAGGGAUGCCUCUCCUUCCAGUCCCAGAGUUCCUUCGAGGGUCUGGAGGAUUCCUGUGAAACGUGCCUCAGUGACAUUGAGCCAGGACCUUCAGCCAUGCUACAAGAAGGAGAAGGAGAAGGAGAGGAUGUUCAGUUACAACCAGGAUACCUCAACGGGAAGAGAGACACGCUUCGUCUCUCGCUAAAAGAAACUGUUUAUGAGACGUCUAAUAAAGGGCGUACCAGUCAGACUGAGGAGGUGGUCAUUAUACCCAACAGCAAGCCAGACUUACCAGAUGUUUGGAUCAAGAGAGAUGGAAAACGAGAGGACACAUGUUAAGCAUACAAUGUGCGUUAAAUGGAAAAUAUAGUAGCCCAUAGGAAUUACGAAAGGAGCAUACAGUUUUAAU